AUGGAACAACUUACCAAAACUCCACUUUCUUAUCGAGAUCGCAUAACUUUCGAGUUUGCCGUGUAUGGAACUUGUGUUUUUCUCAAUUCACUUUUAUGCCUAUUUUUCUUGUUGCGAUUUCAUUUAUGGCAUAGUUUUAAGGUGAGUUGGGGUAGGGUAUACUGUAGUCAAAACGCCACGUGGCAUAAUUUUUUGAAAAAAAAAAUCAAAAUUCUAAAUUUUCGCUCCGCCAAAAAUCCACGUGGCAUGAUUUUUCAAAAAAAAGUUCAACAUUCAAAUUUUUGCCUCUGAAACUUCCACGUGGCAAACAAAUUUUUUCAAAAAAAAAAAGUUCAAAAUUCAAACUUUUGGCUCUGUCACAAAUCCACGUGGCAUGAUUUUUCAAAAAAAAAAUUUCAAAGUUCUUUUUCACAAUUCCUCGUGGCAUGAUUUAAAAAAAAAUAUUCAAAAUUCAAAUUUUUGGCUCUGUCAAAAAGCCACGUGGCUUGAUUUUUCAAAAAAAAAGUUCUAACUUCUAACUUUUUGGCUCUGUCAAACUUUCACGUGGCAUGAUUUUUCAAAAAAAAAAAAUUCAAAGUUCUUCUUCAUAAUUCCACGUGGCAUAAAUUUUCGAGAAAAAAAGUUCAAAAUUCAAACCUUUGGCUGUGUCAAAAAUCCACGUGGCAUAAUUUUUCGAAAAAAAGUUCACAAUUCUGAGUUGGAGGCUACUGUAGCCAAAAAGCCACGUGGCAUAAUUUUUCGAAACAAAACUUUUGGCAUAGUGCCAGCAAGAAACUUUGGACCAAAAUUUGAGCUAUCUGAAAAAAUUCCACGUGGCACCACAACUUCCAGCCAACAAUCUGCUUCGUAACCUUCGGCACCUUCAUCCUCUCCCUUCCCCUACUAGCCCUCCAAAUAUUCCUGGUAAUCAAUCUCUGGUCUCGCAACGAACCACAGUACACUGUAGCGAUUUGCACAUUCGUAAAAUGUUUCACCAGUGCCACAACUUCUAUGGCACAAGUUUUGCCAUUGGUAGGGUUUUUGCACGAGACUUCAAGAAGACUUUUAAAUAUUUCCAGCCCGUCGCAAUUUAUCGCUACUUCCUUGUGGUUCAAAAUAAAAAAUUGUCAUUGCUAUUCGUGAUUUCAACACAUUUCGGAAUUUGCCUGAUGUUUCUAGCAAUUGCGAUUCUAAAUUUUCCACUUGGCAUAUCUCAAGUGAAUGAUCAAUGUGAAAAAUUGAUUUUUAGUAAUGUUAUGGAAGCUGUGAGAAUUAGCCUAACUCUGGGACUCAAUCUAUUUGCAGUCUUGAUAAAUUGUGUGAUUUGGAUGUUUGUGAGAAAAUAUGAUAAGCGGGAAGUUGGUAGGUUACAAAAGAAAAAAAGAAGCGCAUACCUAAGUUUUUUAAAAAUUUCUAGACAUCCAUCGUCGCCGAAUUCAACUAACUUAUUCAAUGUUGCUCCAAUCAAUGAUCCCAAUUCUAGUCUCAAUCCCACUUCUCGUUGGCUCACUUGAUUUCUAUUUUGGCUAUACACUUCCAUACGAAUUCACAUCUCGCUGGUAUGCCACCACAUUUCUCUCGCCAUUUUUGACACCAAUCUCUUCGAUGUUAUCACUUCGAGUGAUUCGACUGGAAAUUCUCGAGUUUUUUGUGAAAAGUCGACGAGUUAUUAUUGGAGGUCGCAAGAUUUCGAGCUUUAUUAAUAGUAAAUUGGGAGCGCGACCGAGUUCCGAUUAUUCUUCGGCUUGA